AUGGCUGACCGCGAGAUUCUUCCCGACAACCUCAAGCCCGUUCACUACAAUGUGUCUCUGCGAGACCUCGAGUUCAAGAACUGGACCUACCAGGGUACAGUGACCAUCGAUUCCGAGAUUGUCAAGCCCACCAAGGAGAUUGUCCUCAACACCGUCGAGAUUAAGAUUACUAGCGCCAAGGUCCUUGUAGACCACACCAAGUCCUCUCAGGCCAUCCAGUCUACCAACUUCACCUACGAUGAACGUGCCCAACGCGCUACCAUCACCUUUGACCAGGAGCUCCCCGUCUCCAAGAAGGCAUCCGUUGUUAUCGACUUUGAGGGCAUCAUGAACAACGAGAUGGCUGGCUUUUACCGCUCCAAGUACAAGCCUGCCGUUACCCCUGCCAAGUCGGUUCCUCGUGAUGACGAGUGGCAUUACAUGUUCAGCACCCAGUUUGAGUCUUGCGAUGCCCGACGUGCUUUCCCCUGCUUUGACGAGCCCAACCUGAAGGCCACUUUUGACUUUGAGAUUGAAAUACCCACCGACCAGGUCGCUCUCAGCAACAUGCCCGUCAAGGAAACCAAGCCUACCAAGGAUGGAUGGAACAUGGUUUCCUUUGAGACUUCUCCCGUCAUGAGCACCUACCUCCUGGCAUGGGCUGUUGGUGACUUUGAGUACAUUGAGCAGCUCACGGACCGCCGGUACAAUGGCAAGCAAAUACCCGUCCGUGUCUACACUACGCGAGGACUCAAGGAACAAGGACGGUGGGCUUUGCAGCACGCCCCCAAGAUUAUCGACUUCUUCUCCAAGAUCUUCGACAUUGACUACCCACUCCCCAAGUCCGAUCUUUUGGCCGUCCACGAGUUCACCCACGGUGCCAUGGAGAACUGGGGUCUCGUCACCUACCGUACCACCCAGGUUCUCUUCGAUGAGAAGACCUCGGAUGCUCGAUUCAAGAAUGCCGUUGCCUACGUUGUUGCCCAUGAGCUUGCCCACCAGUGGUUCGGCAACUUGGUUACCAUGGACUGGUGGGAUGAGCUGUGGCUGAAUGAGGGUUUUGCUACCUGGGUCGGCUGGCACGCUGUCGACCACCUGCACCCCGACUGGCAGGUCUGGGCACAGUUCGUCAACGAGGGCAUGGAGGCUGCUUUCCGUCUCGAUGGUAUCCGUGCCAGCCACCCCAUCCACGUCCCUGUACGUGAUGCCCUCGAUGUCAAUCAGAUCUUCGACUCCAUCAGCUACCUCAAGGGCUGCUCUGCAAUUCGCAUGUUGGCCAACCAUCUAGGCGUUGAAACCUUCCUCAAGGGCGUUUCCAACUACCUCAAGGCCCACGCUUACGGCAAUGCCAAGACUAAGGCUCUAUGGGAUGCGCUGAGCGAGGCCUCUGGCAAGGACGUCAAUGCUCUCAUGGGACCCUGGAUCUCCAAGAUUGGUCACCCCGUGGUUACAGUUGCCGAGGAGCCCGGCCAAAUCUCCAUCAGACAGUCUCGAUUCCUGUCCACCGGCGACGUCAAGCCCGAAGAUGACACCACAACGUGGUGGGUUCCUCUUGGCCUCGAGGGCAAGAAGGGGGAGACUGGUGUCAACACUAUGUCCCUUCUCCAGAAGGAGGAGACUAUCCGCGAUAUUGAUGAUGAGUUCUAUAAGCUCAACAGCGGCGCCACUGGUUUCUACCGCGUCAACUACCCCCCUGCUCGCCUUGCCAAGCUCAGCACCCAACUCGACAAACUGAGCACCGAGGACAAGAUUGCCAUUAUUGGUUCUACUGCAGAUUUGGCCUUUGCCGGGAACAGCACGUCUGCUGCUCUGUUAACCUUCCUCGAAGGCUUUAGCAAAGAGACUCACCCUCUUGUCUGGACCCAGGUCCUUGACUCUAUCGGCUCUGUCAAGUCUGUCUUUAACGAGGACAAGGAGAUCAAGACGGGUCUGGAAAACUUUGCUCUCAAGCUCAUCUCGGACAAGGUCAAGGAGAUUGGCUGGGAUGCCGCCGAGAAUGAAGAAUACUUGACCACCAUGUUGCGCAAGCGCAUUAUUGGCGUUGCUGUUGCCAGCGGGCACGCCGAGGCCGAAAAAGAAGCCCUGAGGCGCUUCAAUGCCUGGCACGAGAACGCCGAGGCCAACCCCCUCCCGCCCUCUUUGCGACUCCCCGUCUGGCGUGCUGCCGUCAAGAAGGAUACCGCCCGCGCAGUCGAGAUCCUGAAGAACGAGUGGUUCAACACCAAGUCCAUUGAUGGCAAGCUGAUCUGCCUUAAUGCUCUAUCGGCGCCCGAGGACGAACAGAUCCUCAAGGAACAAAUCGUCUCCUUCAACUUCAACGAGUCUCCCCCAAGCAACGCCGUCAACGCCGCUGACAUGCACGUCCUUGGCAUGGGUCUGGCCGGCAACCCUGUCGGUCGCCAGGUGCAGUGGGCUUUCAUGAAGGCCAACUGGGAUGCGUGCGUUGCCAAGCUCGGCAACCCCAUUGUUGUCGACCGAUUCGUGCGCGUCAGUCUGGGCGGGUUCACUGAUGUGUCUGCCGUGGACGACAUUGAGCAGUUCUUCAAGGACAAGGAUACCAAGAGCUUUGACCGAACUCUGGAGACGGUCAAGGACAAGAUUCGCGGACGCGCUGCGUACAAGAAGCGUGAUGCUGCUGCUCUGAAGGAGUGGCUUGGUGCCAAUAAGUAUUUGUGA